AUGUAUUUAACACAAGAAGAAUUAGCAGCUAAGUAUAAUAAUGUCACUCAAACAGCAAUCUCUAAAAUUUUUAAAAAUAAGGAUAAAUAUCUUGCUUUAGAUUCAGAAACAACAGACUUAAAUAAAGAAAGAAAUCGCCAAGCUGCAUUUCCUGAAAUUGAAGAAGCGGUUUUGGUUUAA